GAGAGACACAAAGGCAACCUCGAUUUCAUGUUGUGCAGGGCGAAACAACACUCCUCGACACGGAUAACGACGGUUUCAACGUAAGCUAUCAAUAUAGCGUUGAGGAUUAAUAUUGUAUUAUGGUGCUUGCGAGAUCAUGCGAUGAUGCAGAAGGAAGGGCUGUUAUGGUUGCUUUGUUGGAGGAUGAGGUUAUGGCCUUAAAAUCUAGGAAGGAAUGGUCAAUUUCAUAAUCAAUUGAUUCAGCAAAAGCAAAGAGUAUAUAAGGAUUUAGUGAAACAUUGUUUCAUUGAAUAUCCAUUCGAAGUGUGGCAGAGAGUUAGUCAUUCAAUCAGAAGUAAAAAGCCUACUUGACAGGUUAUCACCUCCGACACAGCAACAAGUUCCCUCUAGCUUCUCCAAUGAUCAGAUACACGAUGAACUUGAAGAAAUACUUGUGCACAACAGAUGAUCACAGCUAUGGACAGAUAUAGAUGACACACAACGAAGAGCCUAUCAGAGCUCCUAGCUAAAUGCGCUACUGAUUUGAUACUAUUUGGUGAUGAUGAACUCAAGGAAGGAGAGAAUUAUCAGGAACCCCCCAAGGAGCUGGAAUCUAUCAUCCGACAAACAACGGCUCUAAUGCCCAGGAGUGAAAAGCCCUGGGAAAAUAUCAACAUCAAUGCUCCUUUCCAAGAGGAAAUCAGAAAGCUUAUAUGGCGAAGAGAUGACAAAGUCAAGGAACUGGACGAAUUGAAAACCUAUGGCCUUAAUCAUCUGCGAGGAAAGAACAAGGGCGGACAACUGUUCCUGCUUAGUCAUCACUACAUGGGGAAAUAGAGAGAAGUGUGCCAACAUGAACUACAAACAGCAACAGACCCAGUAUGGAGCGUACUCAACAGACCCACUCUCUGUUUACCGCCUACAGCUUUCUGACGGGACUGAAUUCACCUGCAAGGAAAAUGAUCUCUAUAUGCUAAAAAUGGACGACAUUUACCAGAUGUAUCUAGAUUUCCAAGAGAUUCCCAUUACCCGCGACAGAACUACACAAGAUGGCUUUGAAGCACUCAAGCGCUUUAUAAUCAGACAAAUCAAAUUCUUUUCCUCUCAUGAUCUUCAGAUGGCCCUUGAAACCAAUCUGCCAAAAACAAACCUCUCAAGACCAAAGCUGUACGGACCGGAGCUUGAAGAUUUUCCUGCAUACUACAUCUUCGAUAGCCCGAUCACAC